AUGAGUUCCGGAGAAUUACCUUGCUACACCCUAAUUCAUGUCCCUACAGAUGCAGACUUGUUCAAUGAAGCACAGCUAAAGGAGAAGUUCGAGAAAGGAACUGACAAGGAGAAGACAGACGCUCUGAAAAAGUUGAUCUACAUGAUCCAGAAUGGAGAGAAAGUUGGGCAAGGGAUUCUUAUGUAUGUGAUCAGAUUUCUGCUGCCGUCAGCUGACCACACAUUGAAAAAAACACUGUUAAUUUUCUGGGAAGUAGUGCCGAAGACGAAUGCGCAAGGAAAGCUACUUCAAGAGAUGAUUCUAGUGUGUGAUGCGUAUAGAAAAGAUCUCCAACAUCCGAACGAAUUUGUUCGCGGCUCAACCCUCAGGUUUUUGUGCAAAUUGAAAGAACCUGAACUUCUUGAGCCUUUGAUGCCUUCAAUCAUUGGAUGUCUUGAACAUCGUCACUCCUAUGUUCGUAGAAAUGCUGUAUGUGCAAUCUUCACUAUUUAUCGGAAUUUUGAGUUCUUGAUUCCUGAUGCGCCAGAGCUAGUGUCCAACUUUUUGGAAGGCGAACAAGAUGCAUCGUGUAAAAGAAACGCGUUCAUGAUGUUACUGCACGUUGAUCAAGCUCGUGCACUUGACUAUCUGUCAGGUUGCAUCGACCAGGUUGCUCAGUUCGGAGACAUUUUACAGCUCAUCAUCGUUGAAUUGAUCUACAAGGUGUGUCAUGCAAACCCUGCUGAGAGGUCGCGUUUUAUUCGCUGCGUGUAUAACUUGCUGCAAUCUUCUUCUGCUGCCGUCAGGUACGAGGCGGCUGGAACUCUUGUCACACUUUCUGCAGCUCCUGCUGCUGUAAAAGCUGCUGCUCAGGCAUAUAUAGACCUCAUUGUGAAAGAAAGCGAUAAUAAUGUUAAGCUUAUCGUUCUUGAUCGGCUUAUGGACCUCCGCCAAACUCCUUCGCACGAGAAGGUUCUGCAAGAAUUGGUCAUGGAUAUUCUAAGAGUGUUAUCUUCUCCUGGACUUGAUGUUCGUCAGAAAACACUGAAUCUCGCAUUGGAUCUGGUAUCCAGCAGAAACGUUGAAGAUAUGGUCAUGUUUUUGAAGAAGGAAAUUGCUAAGUCGACCUCUGAGCCUGCUGAAGAAGCGGGAAGAUAUCGACAAGCUCUUGUGAAAACUCUUCAUUCUGCGACAAUCAAGUUUCCUGAUGUUGCUCCAUCUAUCGUACCAGUUCUAAUGGAGUUUCUUUCCGACGAAAACGAAGUUGCAGCGCAGUACGUGUUACUCUUUGUUCGCGAAGCCGUUCAUAAGCUUCCCCAUUUAAAGGAAACUAUACUUCACUCUUUACAAGAAGGUCUUCCUUCCAUUCGCAAACCGAAAGUGUUCAUGGCAGCUUUAUGGAUUCUUGGAACGUAUUGUGACAGCGAUUCUUCUGCGUUAUCGGUUUUGCGUCUCAUAAAAUCUUCGCUGGGUGAGCUUCCAAUUGUGGAAAGCGAGAUACGGCUGUUGGAGGGCGACGAACCAACGCAGGAAGAGACGACUGGGAAGAAGUCCGAUGUCAAACGGCUUGUAACUGCAGACGGAACUUAUGCAACACAGUCGGCUCUUUCUGUCUCAGCCAAAGCUGUCAAUAAGGAAAAACCCCCUCUCAGGCAGUUCCUACUUGACGGUGAUUUCUUCCUUGGUGCAUCUCUUGCUACAGUGCUGAGCAAACUUGCCGAACACUUUACUAAGAACAAUGGAGUGGGAUCACAACGCGCUAAUCGUUUCCGUGGCGAAUGUAUGUUCAUCCUUGCGUCGAUAAUUAACCUCGGCAGAAGUGGUUUAGCAAAACAGAAUAUUACCGAAGAUGAUUUGGACAGAAUGGGAACAGCGAUCAAGUUACUGGCGCAAGGAUGUACAUAUCUUGAUGACAUUUUCAUCGAAAGGUGCAAGGAUAGCCUCGAGCUGAUGUUAGCGAGUCGUCAGCAAGAUAAAACCGAUGAAUUCUCUACAAAAAAGAAGAACGUCGUAGAGGUUGAUAAGACUAUUAUGUUUACGCAAUUAAGCGCACGAGCAGAUGCAAGCAUAGGUGAAAACCUGUUCGAUCUCUCUUUGUCCCAAGCUCUUGGAACAGCUCCGAAAACACAAAAGUUUGAUUUUUCGAGUUCAAAGCUGGGCAAAGUCAUUCAACUUGCUGGUUUCUCCGAUCCUAUCUAUGCAGAGGCAUAUGUCAGUGUCAACCAAUACGAUAUUGUGCUUGACAUGCUGAUUGUAAAUCAAACGGCUGACACAUUGCAAAACGUUUCGCUGGAAUUAUCUACUGUGGGAGAUUUGAAACUCGUUGAUAAGCCUACCCCAAUUACACUGGCUCCUGCGGACUUUGCCAACAUCAAGGCUACUGUAAAAGUCGCUUCAACUGAAAAUGGAGUGAUUUUCUCAACUAUCUCGUAUGACGUUCGCGGUUCAACUUCUGACAGAAAUUGCGUAUAUUUGCAAGACAUCAAAAUUGACAUAAUGGACUAUAUCGUACCUGGCAAUGUUAGUGAUGCCGAGUUCAGGCAGAUGUGGUUCGAUUUUGAAUGGGAGAACAAGGUGACCGUUAAUACUCCAAUAACCGACUUGCGAGAGUUUUUGCACUAUUUGUCUUCUGUCACGAAUAUGAAGGUUUUAACAGGCGAUGCUGCUAUAGAAGGCGACUGUGGUUUUUUGGCCGCCAAUUUAUGUGCUCACUCCAUAUUUGGUGAAGAUGCUCUAGCCAACGUUUCUAUCGAAAAGGCGUCUCCCUUCGACGAAGGAUCACCGAUAGUAGGACAUAUCCGGAUCCGAGCGAAGAGCCAAGGCAUGGCCCUCACCCUUGGUGACAAGAUUAAUAUUGCACAGCGAGAACGAAGGGCGGUGAUGGUGUGA